GAGACCUGGUGUGGAUUGGCUGCAGCCCUUCGGACGAAGAGUUUGCUGCUCUUGCUGCUGCUGCUCCUCCCUCGAGGGUUUUCAGCAAAUUCCCUUUUGCUGCUGAGCUGGCAGCAAAGCCAGCAGCAGCAGCAGCUGCUGCUGCUGCUGCUGCGCCGCAGCCCAGCAGGAGGGAGCAGAUGCAGCCGAAAGCUGCUGCGGCAGCGGCCCGGAAGCAGCGGCAGCAACACAGGCACGACAAGAAGCAGCAGCAGCAGCAACAGCAGCAGCAGCAUGGUGGGGCUGCAGCACAGGAUAAGCAGCCGGCAGAAGCUGCAGCAGCAAGUGCAGCGGGGGCAGCACCUGCUGCUGCAUCAACUGCUGCAGUUGCUGCAGCAGCAGCUACUGCUGCUGAUAAUGUCACGCCUCCCCCGUGGCCUACGAGCGAUGACGAGCUACGGGUGACGCCGCCGCCGCCGCAACAGCAGCAGCAGCAACAGCACCAGCAGCAGCAACAGCAGCAGCUGCAGCAGCAGCAGAAGUCAUCUGCUGCUGCUGCAGCAGCAGAACCGGCAGCAGCAGAAGCUGCAGCAAACCCUAGGACACUGCAGGCCCGCUACCGAGAUGCGCUUAAACGGCAGCUGCAGCUGCACAGCCAGCAGCAACAGCGGCUCCGCAGCAGCAACAGCAACAGCAACAGUAACAGCGGCAGCAGCAGCAACAGGAGAGCGCGAGCGUCGGACGCCAGACUCCUCAGAGUACUCAGCAGCAAACGCCGCGCCACAUGCCUACAGCAGCAGCAGCAGCAGCGGCAGCAGCAGCAGCAGCAGCGGCAGCAGCAGAAGCAAGGCAGCAAUACUCGAACUGCAUCGACCGAUUCAAAAGCAAGAGAAGACUCGAAGCAGCAGCAGCAGCAACAGCAAAAGCAACAUGGGCAGCAAAGUGAGCUGCAUGAAGACCAGCAGCAGCAGCAGCAGCAGCAGCAGAUUAGUGGGGCUGCACUGAGCGAAAGCGCUUCAUCGCCGGCGCAACAGCAGCAGCAGCCGCAGCCGCCGCAGCAGCAGCGAGGAUGGCGGGGGUGCUUCCAGCAGCAGCAGCAGCAGCAGCAGCAGCAAGAGCUGCUGCUGCUGCCCUUCAAGUGCAGCAGCAAGGAGCACGGAAGCAGACGGGUGCUCCGCAGCAACUCCGGAGACUGGGUCUGA